CGUACCACGGGAAGAGGCGUGAACCCGGUCGGAUCAGUGGGCGUGUCCCCGGCAGCGCCGGAAGCGUAAUUUUGUUCUUGGUCCGAAUCUGGCUGCGGCCUGUGCGUACGUUUCAGCCUGACCCUGGAGUAAUUGUGUCCCUGACAAAGUGUGGGGGAGGGAGCAGGGAUGGGUGCUACCCAGGUUCCGAUUGACAGUUUCCCUGGGAGCUCAUCUGGAUAGUACAAGAUGGAGGACACUUGAGGCCGGAGAGAGGGUGAUAUCCCGAGUACUUGGUAAAAAUGUUGUCUCUUCAGUCACCCAGUGCUGUAUUUCUGUAGCGUGGAUAUCCUGGGAAUAAUCUGCUGCCCUUCGCACCAGUGUUUCUUUGCAUCACGCGGAUGCUGGGAAGUAGAGGGGCUGGCUGGUAUCAAACCCUGGAACAAUUUAAGGCCGCAGGAGGGUGCGUGCACUUAAGAUGUCCUUGAGCAGUGGCGCACCAGGAGGGAAAGGUCUGGACACAAAUCCGGUGGAGACCUACGACAGUGGUGAUGAAUGGGAUAUUGGAGUAGGGAAUCUGAUUAUUGAUUUGGAUGCUGAUUUAGAGAAAGACCAGCAAAAGCUCGAGAUGUCUGGCUCCAAGGAGGUGGGCUUGCCAGCCCCCAAUGCAGUAGCAACUCUCCCAGACAACAUUAAGUUUGUGACACCAGUUCCCAGUGGUCAAAGCAAGGAGUCUAAAUCAAAAUCUAAAAGAAGCAAAAGCAGCAAAGAUGGAAGUCGAAGUAGCCAAGCCGCCUCUGGACUGUUUCCAGCUGGGGAGGCCAACAAAAAAGAGGCAGGAGGACGGUCUGGGGAAAGUGGAAGUAGUUCCGGAACCCCAUCUGUCUCAGUGGCUCCUUCCAAGAACAGUGAAAAAUCUAGCAAGGCUUCUCGCAUCUCUUCCAGCUCUAAGAAGGAGAGUGGAAAAGCAAAAAAAGACAAAAGUGAGGUAGGAGUUGGUGGUGAGAAAGAGCCCUCUGGAGUCCUACAGCCAGCACAAGGAAUGGUGGCUAGAACAGUAGCAUUGCAAGAGGCAGCAGGGGCUGCAGUGGACCAUUUAGGAGGGGGAAUGGCUGUGGAUGGUGGAAGCACUAUAAAUGUAGUAGGGAUUAAAACUGAACCAGAGGAUCCAGAAGCAGAAAAUUGUGGCAUAAAGAAAGUUAAAACAGAAAUGGUGGACUCUCCAGUUUGUGCCUCUUCUGGACUCCCUUUGCAUCUACUUGUUCCAAUGGUGAGCAGUGACAUAUCCUCCCCGUGUGAACAGAUCAUGGUGCGCACACGAUCAGUGGGUGUUAAUACAAGUGAUGUGGCCCUGGCUACUGAACCAGAAUGCUUGGGGCCUUGUGAACCGGGCACAAGCGUUAAUCUGGAAGGCAUUGUGUGGCAGGAGACAGAAGAUGGAAUGUUGGUUGUAAAUGUGACCUGGAGAAACAAAACCUAUGUAGGUACCCUGCUGGACUGCACACGUCAUGACUGGGCUCCCCCAAGAUUCUGCGACUCUCCCACCAGUGACUUGGAGAUGCGGAACGGACGGGGGCGGGGCAAACGUAUGCGUCCCAUCAGCAAUGUGCCUGUUGCAGAAACAACGACUGCACCAGAAAACAAAGGACCUAGCAAUAGCAGCUGUAGCAGCAGCAAGACACGUGCUGGGACAAACGGCAAAGGGAGGAGGGGGAGCCAGAACUCAAGUGAACACCGCCCUCCUCCAUGUGGUGCCGCUGAUGACAUCAAAGCUAGUCCAUCUUCUGCCAGUAAGCGCAAAAAUAAGCCCCCUUCUGACAUAGAAGUUACCUCCAGCUCAGAAGAUUCUAAAGGAAGCAAGCGUGCACGUACCAAUUCAAUGGGUUCCUCCUCUACACCUGUAUCGUUGCCGUUAACUGUGCCACUAAGCACUAUUAAGGUAGAGCCUGCAACACUUGACCGAAAUUGUUCAUCUCCAGUUCUCAUUGACUGUCCCCAUCCUAAUUGUAAUAAAAAGUACAAGCACAUCAAUGGCCUGAAAUAUCAUCAGGCACACGCACACACUGAUGAUGACAGUAAGCCUGAAGCUGAUGGUGAUAGUGAGUGUGGAGAGGAGCCUCUUCACUUGGACAUGGGAGGAUGCAAUGGCACUUUUGCAUCUCAGAAAGGCUCUCUCUCUCCUGCACGUUCUGCCACUCCCAAGGCCCGCUUAAGUGAACCACACAGUCCAACGCUACCUGGAAAAUUUGGAGGCAAGGCAGUUUCCAAAAAGAAAGUGGGGGCAGAGGGUGACACAGACCCUGGAGCUCUUUCUAAUGAUGGAUCAGAGGAUGGGCCCCUAGCUGCAGAUGACACCAGCAAUGAUGGCUUUGAGCUUCAGGAAAAACGUUUGGCAGAAAAAGAUGCAGCCAAAAAAGGAGGCUUAAGCACCAAGACUGAGAAGCCAUCUGCCUCCAAAAGUGUAAAGUCUGCGCGUCCAAUUGCACCAGCUAUAGUGCCUCAGCCAAUGUACACCUUUCAAGCUACCACCUUCACUGCCUCCAGUCCUGGCUCCACUACUGGCAUAACCACCACAGUGGUACAAGCUAUGCCAGCUAGCCCUCAGCUUAAACCUAUUCAGCCAAAACCCACAGUUAUGGGAGAACCCUCUGGUAUCAAUCCUGCAUUGACACCAUCUAGAGAUAAGAAAAAGAAGGAUAAAAAGAAGAAAGAGUGCAGAGAGGAGGACAGUCCUGGCCCCUCCCUGAAGUCAGGCCGUUCAGAGGAAGGAAAAAGCCCUUAUGCAGAAGGGAUGGGGGAUUCCUCAAACAAAGCUGAUGGGCUCCUCAAUGGCUCUGAAACUCACCAGAGUCGCCUAGCCAGCAUUAAAGCUGAAGCUGAUAAAAUUUACAGCUUUACAGACAAUGCUCCAAGUCCAUUAAUUGGUUCGGGAAGUACAUCAAGUAGAAUAGAGAAUCCAAGUCCAGGGCAACCAAUGACCCCAUUGCAUGUUGUAACCCAAAAUGGUGCUGAAGGUGCUUCAGCAAAAACAAACAGUCCUGCAUACUCUGAUAUAUCUGAUGCAGGAGAUGAUGGAGAGGGUAAGUUAGAUGGCACCAAAGUCAAAGACCCAGAUAUGAUAGUUAAAGAAGGUGCAAAAAAAACACUCUUUGCACAACAGCCACAAAGCAAAGACUCCCCAUACUACCAGAACUUUGAGACCUAUUACUCCCCUAACUAUGCACAUUCCAGUCCUAGUGCCAUAAAUCCCACUGGUCAAGCUACAUCAGAGAGCCAACCCAUCAAGGUAAAGAAGGAAGAGGAUCUAGAAGUUACAGAAGUAAAAAUGAAAACUGAACCACCUGAAGAGAAGAAGCCAGAACUAAACAUCACAAGCCAACAACCAUCUGUGAUCCAGCAAAGGCCUAAUAUGUACAUGCAGUCUCUAUAUUACAACCAAUAUGCCUACGUGCCUCCUUAUGGCUAUAGUGACCAAGGAUACCAUGCACACAUGCUCAGUACUAAUCCAACAUAUCGGCAGCAUUAUGAAGAGCAUCAGAAACAAAGGCAGAGUUUAGAGCAGCAACGCAGUAGUGAGAAAAAAACAGAAAUUGCAGUAAGGGAAAGAGAGAGCUUAAUUAAAGAUGAAUGGAAGCAUAAAUCUGUGCCCCCAACACUAACAAAGGCCCCAAGCCUUACUGACCUGGGGAAAUCGGGGACCAGCAAGGCCAAGGAACUGGGGACUGGUUCAGACUCUGGAAAGUCUGUGAUUAUCCCCAAGCCAGAGGACUCUGUAAAACUGCCUUUGCAGCAAGGAGAGGGGUUCAAGGCAAAAGUGUCAGAAAGUGGUGGGCAUGGAGGGAAGGAUACAGCUGAAGCUAAAUCUGUUGGAGAAUGUAAUCGGCAAUCUGGUCUGGAUCCUGCCCUGUGGUAUAGACAGCAGGAGGCAGACUCACGAUUGUGGACGUAUGUGUACCCCAAGUACUCAGACCCCUUAAAAUCUGAGGACGAACGGUGGAAGGAGGAGAGAGAACGGAAGGCUAAAGAGGAGAGGGCUCGGAACAAGGAGGCCUCCUCUAAGGAAGAUAGCAAAGAGGGGGUGAGUGGGGAUGUCAAGGGACUACCAGGCACAGAGGAUCCCAGAGGGCUGCCUAAGGACCCCCGAACAAGCACCCAUGUUCCAGUUUCAUCACCCCUCACACAGCAUCAGUCGUACAUCCCCUACAUGCACGGCUAUACCUACAGUCAAGCAUAUGACUCCAGCCAUCCAAGCUAUCGUGGCAUGCCUGUCAUGAUGCAGAACUACCCAGGAUCAUAUCUACCCCCAAGUUAUUCUUUUUCUCCUUAUGGAAACAAAAUUAGCAGCAAUGAAGAAUCUGAUAAGUCCAGAGCCAGUCCAAGUUGCAAACCCACCUCGGAGUCCAAAGCCUUGGACAUUUUGCAGCAACAUGCAAGCCAUUACAAGAGCAAGUCUCCUACGAUAAUGGACAAAUCCCCCCAGGAUCGAGAUCGAAGUGGCUGCAGUGUACCUGGGAGUACUGCUAGUUCAGUAGGUGGAUGCAGUAGUAUGGGUGCUCCAGAUAGAGGAGGGGACAGAAGUUCAGAAAGGCCUCGCACUUCCCCCUCUCAACGUUUAAUGUCCACACAUCACCACCACCAUCACCUAGGCUAUUCUCUGCUGCCUGCCCAGUAUCCAGUUCCUUACACAGGCCUGUCUUCUACAGCCAUUGUGGCCAGUCAGCAGGGCUCAACCCCUUCACUAUAUCCACCCCCCAGGAGGUGAGAAUGGAGUUGGCACCAGUUACCUGUGUACAAACCAAGUCAUGUGACCGGAUCACAGGACAUCUUGGGAACAAUAAUCUGUGCAUCAGUUAAAUGGUGUUGGAGACUAUCUGCGCUAGAAUUUUCUGCAGAAGCCUUGAGUUUCCUGCUCUGAUUACAGACACCCAAAUUAGUCCCACCAUCUUAGCUCUUAACAGCAUCUACCUUCCAGAAACCUGGACUGUAUUUAUUCAAGUUUGCUUCCAGCAAUAAAGGAGGCCUACAUGAAAAGUUUUCUGGAUUUUUCAAAAUGUGCCCAGGAUUUUUUCUGUGAAUGCAGCAUUCAGCAUAUUAUUCAUGAAGCAGCAUCCUAUGGGGACUGGGAUGGUGUCCUUGGAUACAAACUGCUGUUAAAUUUUGUUCCACCCUUUCACGUUAUAGAAAAAUAAAUUGUUUUAUGCUUAUUAAUACACUCCACCGUUCAGCCUGUGAACAUUUUUCCCUGUAUGAUUUUAGAGUCAAGAUGAGAUUUACAUCCUCUAAACUUUCCAGACUGAUAAGUGGGGCGGGCAUGUGAACUUAAUAAGGUGAAUAGUUUUAUACUAGUCAGCUGUAUGAAAGUGAGGACAUUUGUUUUGUGUAUUCCCAUGGACUCCUUCAUUUUGUCUACCGUGCUAAGUCUCUGUUGGAGUGAGUUCUUGGCUCUAGCUUUCACAUGGAGCCUGAAAAUCCAGGAGCCUUGCAAACCAAGGUGGGUGCAAGAAGAGGAUUUCCCGUAGUUCAUGGCACAAAAAUUGUCCAUUGCGCAGAAGUGUUGUCAUGUGUUCCUAUGUAUUUUGUUGGUGUUGCUGUAGAGACUCUGGGGCACAAGAGUUAACAAAAUCCCACACUAACAAAUUCCAGUACAUGCUUGGACCUUGUUGAAAAGCUGCAAAUUCUUUUAACCAGAGAGCUCUUAAAGGAAAAUUUGAAUCUAUAUUGCCUUUGGUACACUCCUUUCCCAUCCCAGUUUCUUUGGGGAAUCGGAAGUAAUUGAGUAAGCAGAAAGAGACAUCACAACUGUUAUGUCAUCGCGUGGGACUCCUAUAAAAGCCCAUGGCUGUGUAAAAUGUAAAUACACCCUGAUGCAUCAUUUUAUAAAACACUAAUAUUAAAAAUGGAAAGAUACUGAAACAUGCAUUUUAGAUCUAAUAAACCACUAACUGUUCACCCUAUGCAGGGUCUGAAAUGCAUAUAAUACAUCUGACAUAUGUAUGUUAUAGGUAUAUAACAGUGUGUAUAUAUAUUUUUCUAGCUAUAUGUAUGUAUGUAUGUAUGUAUAUACACACAAACACACACACCCCAGGAAGCCUGUGUGUAUAUAUUGAUAUGAAUGCACAGGCCCAGCUACUUUACAAUCUUUGUUUUGUUUGGUUGGAAAGCUGUUGUUUACAUUGAUAAUGGUUUAAAAUUGAGAUUCGUGACUGCAGGAGUUUAGUUGCCUAGUGCCAAAUUGCAAGAAAUCUUCCCUUUACAUAAAUGAACCAAGAGUAACUGCAGCAAAACUGCACGAUUUUUUUCUGUCCACUGAUUUGUUCCUUUUUUUUCUUUUAAUCUUUUACGGAACAUAUCAAACAAUAUAUAAAUAUAUAUAUGACAUUGAAAAUCACUUUUUUAUUUUUUGCAAAUUGUUUGUGGAAUGCCCAGUAGUUUUUCUAAUCUGACAGUCUCCAAUGGGCCUAUUAAUGAUGGGUACAUAUAGUGUUUCUUUUGUUAUAUCUCUUCUGUUCCCCAAAGGAACAUUCACCCCACAAUUUAGUGUAGAGAACAAUGUAGGUAUUUUGGGCAUACAUGAUGAUCUCAUUGCAUAGGAGUCACCUGGUUUAAUAGUUAUUGUGACUUACUACUGCAUUGUUUGAAUAUGGUGAUUGAAGUGUUUCGCAGGCUUUUUAAUUGUGUUUUGCUGCUUAGGCGAAUCUCGAGGUGUUGCUGCCCCAUGCAUCAGUAGUCAGUAAAGUCGAGCUGUCCAGUUCAGUGUUCACCCCAGGUAUUUUUAAUAUGUUGCCCAACACUCGUAAUAGAAUUUUAUUUUCCUCAAACCAGUACUACUGAAUGCUGCGGCAGAUACAUGAUACAAGAUAUAUUCUACUGCAGGUGAUUUAACCUUCACCUGUAGUUCUAUUGCCUUCUGUUAAAAGUUUUCUUUUACAGCAGGCCAGGUUGUGGCUGCCUUUAAAGUACAUUCUGUAUGCUGAAAAAAACAUUCUUUCUAGGGAGAAACGACACAACUGCUUUCAGCACACAAAGUGGUGUAUUUAUUAAUAUUGGAGGCAAACAUCACUGGCCAUAGCAACCAAUCGGCAAUGAGAGUUGAACAGUCACCUACAAGUUAAGCUGGCCAUAGAUGCAAAGAUCCGAUUGUUCCAAUCCUCGAACGAUCAGACUUAUUGGACUCCCCCAUCUCCCGACCUGCCACUAACCUUUCAGAUCAAAUAAAGUAGAACAGUUCAGCCGGUGUUCUGUCCCUACAACAAUCAUACGAAUGUUAUGUCCGACAAAACUAUUGACACUGAAGAUUGUCAGAUCGGCAGUGCAUGCAGAGAUAUUAUCGGCAGCCUACAGAAAUGUUCUAAGCUGUCCUAUCGACUGAAAGACCGAUCGGCAUGGCACGACAGAUGUUGGGACACUCCACACACGGCCCGAAAAUCGUACGAAUCCUCAAGAUUGGAUCCUUGCGUCUAUGGCCAGCUUUAGAAACCAAGAGUAAAGAUUUGAUUGGUUGUUAUGGGCAACAUUACCAGUGAUGUUUGUUUCCUGUGUUAAUAAAUAUAACUGGGAAUGCUGGGUGCUGUAUUUCGAACAUUUAUAGAUCCGCAGUAUGUGUAUUACAGCAAUGCUGUCCUAAAAGAAAGUAAAACUAUAGCAAUAUUUUUUCAAAAUGGACUUUAGUUCAGUAAGCUCCUCAGGACACUGUCACACUAAUCGGUUUUGUACAGCUAUACUUUUCGUUCCAUGGAAAGCCCUUAAAGACCAUUAUGGGGUUCAUUUUAUGUCAUGGCCAAAUGCACAAAUAUCUGUUAGCAUAAGAUAAUCAUCUGUUCUACUGCAUAGAUUUUUGUGACUGUGGUGGUUUUUGCACUUUUGUGAGACUUUUAUUGUGCAGCCAACAAUUCAGAUUGGAUGGCAGUGUCAUUUUUUGUAUCCCUUAAAAUGAGCUGUUUAGAAAUUCCCUUUAACCUGUUUUUCCUGAGUAUAAAUGAGAUGAGUAUUUGUGCAGUUAUUCCCAAACAAGCAUAAUACCAUAGCCGUUCCUUCACUGCAUAUGGUAUGUCUUUUUCCUCAUAAAGAAUAAACUUGCAUUAAGAACCAAACUCCUGCAGUAGCAGAUUCAUAGAGAACUUCACUUUGAGCAGCUGGAAAUUAUUUGCCAUAAUUAUUCAAGUGACUUAUGCUAUCCCCUAACUGACAUAUCUAUCCCAGAAAAAGAAAUGGUUUGGGGUUAACCCCCCCCCCCCCAUGUCAAACUCAGUUGUAUUUUUAAAUCCUCCAGCCUGCAUUCUCAGUGGAUAGGGGGCGGGGGUCUGGUCUGACAGCAGAUCUUCAGAUUCCAUCAAAAAUAUGUAACACUCGUGGUCUGUCACAGUUUUUUUUUUUUUUUUUUUAAUUGUGUUUGUUUUCUGCUAGUUGCACUCUUUUCUCCAGGAGACGUAUGGAAGGAUUUGCGCUGAAAAUUCAAAACAGACAAAAAAAAAUUGUAUUUAACCCUUUCUGGAAGUUUUCCAAUAAAGUUCUUUUUUGUA